AUGCCUCCACGCAGAGCAUCAAAUGCCAAAAGGCCACAGAAACGCAAAGCCGACCCAGAUGACAACAAAGACGAAAAGGACAAGCCACCCAGCAAACGUCCCGCGCGGGAGGAGGAAGAAAAGGACAACGGAGGGUCGAAGCAGGCGGAUAGCUCGGCCACCACCACCACCUUGGACAACAAGCUCGAGGAGACCUCCAUCACCAUCAACCGUGCGCCCGUCCUCGAGCUGUGGGGCGCGUGCGUAGCCCACCUCACGCACCCCGACCUCAGUUGGGCCCUGUGUCUCAGUAUUGGCAGCAGUAUCUCGACGAUCACGGCUAUUGCGAAGGGGAGAUCGAUUGGGACGAUCGCUGCGCCGGCCGAUGAGGGUAAUCAUCCUGAGGAGAAGGGGAAGAAGAGAAAGGACAGGGCGGCAGAGGACCUCCCUACCAUUCACGUCAUGGGGUUUCCGAUGGCCACCACGGGAGAUUCGGUCAUGGUGAAGGGAAAGCCCAGGACGACGAGGGAAGUGACUCUGCAGAGGAAGUUUGGAACAGACGGGUAUGAAAGGGUGAAGGGUGUCAUGAUGGAGGCUCUGGAGGAGUGGAAGGGGAGCGAAGGUGAGCUGGAUGGGCAGGCGUUCAAGAUGUAUGAGAAGUUCAGGCCGGAUGUUUCCAAAGGCCAAAAGGGCUGGGGACGAAAGGGUGAGUUGCAUUUGUCCAAGGUCAAGGAUGCGGUUGGCAAGCCGUCUAGUUGA